AUGGAGCAGCUCAAGUUUGAGAGGAAACCCAUCCGGUCGUCGGUGACUCGAACCAUCAACCUGAUAGAGUCAGAGCUGACGAAAGAAACUCCGGAUCGUCACACCCUUCGAUGUCAAUUAGAGAAGUUGGAGGUGUUGCUGACAAGGAUCAACGAAGUAGAUAUCAAGAUUUUGAGUUCAAUGCGAGCCGACGGUUGUUCCGAAAAAGAAUACGAAGAAGAAAGUCUCAGCAUUGAAGAAUAUGAGGACAAGAUAAGGAACACGAAGGUGAAGGCUGAAGAAAUGUUUGUGCCAUCCUUCCAGCUGCCUGGAGGUUCUCAAAGUCCAACGAAUAGUGCUGCGUGGUACGACUCGGUGGGCACAUCGCUCAACGGAGAGUCAAAACGAAGAAACUUUAAACUGCCGAAGAUCCAAUUACGCAAAUUCAACGGUGAUAUGAAGGACUGGUUGAGUUGGUGGUCGCAGUUUAAGAAGAUCCACGAAGAUGACACACUGGCUGAUAGUGAUAAGUUCGACUAUUUGGUGCAGGGAAUGGUCAUCGGAUCCAGAGCAAGAGAUGUGGUGGACGUUUAUCCACACACUGAAGAAAAUUAUCCCAAGGCGAUAGCGGCACUUCAAGAGCGAUUUGGACAACCAAAGUUAUUGAAACAAUUGUACGUUCGAGAAUUAUUGAAGAUGGUGAUUCAAAACGCAAAGAGCAAAGAAGACUUCCAGUUGUGCAAAAUGUAUGACAAACUGGAAUCUCAUCUUAAGGCUUUGGAGUCCCUCAAUGUGUCCCACGAACAAAUGGCAGACUUUUUAUAUCCUAUGGUGGAGUCAAGCCUUCCCGAGGACCUCCUUGUGGCGUGGCAAAGAAGUUUGUUCUACGGACAUGACGGAUCCCAGUCAAAUCCACCCCAAAGUGAAUUGGACUUCCUCCUUAAGUUUCUCAAGAAAGAAGUUGAAAACGAGGGGCAGCGAUCUUUGGCCAAGAGUGGAUUUGAAACAGAUGAAAAGAAAAAGGAAGCUGUCAAGCAGAAGAAGACAUUUUCUAGAUUUCCCAAACCAGAAUAUGAAUCAGAUUAUCCUACUGGUGCGGGGCUAUUCAGUGGUCACUCAACGUCACAAUGUGUAUUUUGUAAGAAAUCUGGCCAUCAAAGUAGCGUGUGUCAUAAGGCCGGGAAUAUGACGCUAAAUGAGAAGAAAGAAGUGGUCAAGAAGAAUAAAUUGUGCUUGGUGUGUCUCAAGCCAGGACAUUUCGCUCGUGAUUGCACAUGCCAAUGGAACUGUGUUGCUUGCGAAGUCAAACAUUGCAAGGCGAUGUGUCCGCUCCGGUCAGUCGUGGAUAAAUCAAGUGAGCUUGAGGCAUCGUCAAGUGCCACUAGAACCUCCGCUGUCAAUUUCAACGUGGCCUGCCGAGGGGAUGUGUUGUUAAAGACUCUUGUUUUGAAAGCAUGUGGCCCCAAAGCCGUCACCAGUGUUCGACUUAUCUAUGAUGAAGGGAGCCAACUCAGCAAUUGUGGAGCUGCAACCAUCAGCCUGAUUGGAAGCAAGUGUAUUGGACAUGAAUGGGGGAGAAAUGUGUUGUUUGGCGGAGGAGUGACCGAUGUGAAGAAGAUCAAUAAAUAUGCUGUUGACCUGAAGUCCUUGGAUGGCCAUGUUAAGAAGACUCUUGUACUUCGGGAAGCUGCAAAGAUUUGCGGAAGUAUUCCAAGAGUACCAGCGGGACCAUGGAUUCAAGCCUUGCGUAAAAAGAAUAUCUGGUUGAGUGACUACCAAGAUUCUUAUGUUGAUAACCCGGAGAUCGAGGUUCUCAUUGACUACUGGGGACAGCUCGUUACCGGGAAGCAAGUGAAGUUGAGAUGUGGGUUAAUCGCAGUCGAGACCAUAUUCGGAUGGACUCUUAGUGGACCUGUUCCCAAUAUCAACACAAAUGACACCGUGGCUAUGUCGUGUAUUUCUUUGUUCCACGGCGAAGCAUCCGUUCAGUGCUUGUGGAAUCUGGACUCGAUCGGAAUUAAAGAUCCGGAAGAGCAUAAGUCGAAGCGAGAGAAUGAAGAAGAAACGAAACGGCAUUUCUUGAGUACUGUUUCCAGAAAUAAAGAAGGGAGAUAUACUGUCACAUUACCAUGGAUAGAUGGAGCUCAGAAAAUUCCCGACAACAAGCUGGUUGCGGAGAAGAGACUAAUCGGAACAACAGCAAAAUUAAAAGCCAAUGGAAACUACAAAUUUUAUGAUCAGAUCUUUGUCGAUUGGGAAAAGGAGGGGAUCAUUGAGGCGGUAUCUGAAGAAGACAAUUCAACCUUGUGUCACUAUCUUCCACACCGAGCAGUAAUCAAAGAAGAGAGCCUUACAACCCCAGUGCGACCGGUUUUUGACGCUUCUUGCAAGGUUGGAAGAAAUCCCUCUCUCAAUGACUGUCUGGAGAAAGGCCCCAAUUUAUUGGAGCUGAUUCCAUCGUUACUACUACGGUUCCGAGAAAGAAAACUGGGCGUGAUAUCCGAUGUCAGGAAGGCGUUCCAGAUGAUUGAAGUGGCAGAAGCCGAUCGGGACUUCUUGAGAUUCCUGUGGUGGAAAGAAGAUGUGAUCAAACUUUUCCGCCAUAGGAGAGUGAUGUUUGGUGCAAAUUGCAGCCCCUUCCUACUUGGAGCUGUAAUUGAACUUCAUCUUGAGUCAGUAAAAGAAGAGUUACGGCCAAUAGCAACAGUUCUUUUGAAAUCUCUUUAUGUGGAUAAUUGUGUGACGUCGCUGGAUUCGAUUGAAGAAUAUGAAGAAUUCAGGACUCAUGCAACAUCAAUAAUGGCUGAUGCAAAAAUGGAGCUCCGCCAGUGGGAAAGAACGGCAGUAGAUGUUCCGGAUGCAAAGCAGCAAUUAACCCGUGUUCUCGGAUUAAAGUGGGAUAAAGUUCAAGACGAACUCUUUGUUGACAUCCCAAAAGUAGAACUUCAACUUCAAGGAAAAUUGACCAAGCGAGUCAUUCUGUCCUUGGUACAACAAAUAUUUGACCCGAUGGGAUAUUUGAGUCCGGCUACGCUAGUGCCAAAGUUGAUGCUACAGAAGACUUGGGAAAGCAAGAAAACCUGGGAUGAAGAUUUGGACGACACUUUGGACAUAAAGAGUGAAUUUGGAGAAUGGUGGAGGCAGACGUCAAUGCUAGCUGAGGUCAAGAUACCAAGAUGGGCAUUUCGUUCAGAACUGGUUAAAUCAGUACAGUUUCACGUGUUCUCAGACGCCAGUGGGGCUGCCUAUGCUGCUGCAGUCUUCGUGAGAGUUGAAGAUCAGAAAGGGGUUACCGUACAACUCCUCCAAGCCAAGGCGAGAGUUGCUCCGCUUAAAAAGAUGACCAUUCCGCGAUUGGAACUGUUGGGAUGCACAAUAGCGGCCAGACUCCACAGUUCGGUGGUGGAAGCCUUAUCCAUGGAUGUAGUAGAGACAUACUUUUGGACGGAUUCUAUGACAGCCUUAUCUUGGAUUCAAAGGAAUAAUGAGUGGGGAACCUUUGUAGGCAACAGGGUAAAGGAGAUCUGUUCGCUAACCAAAGUGGAAAAUUGGAGACACGUCCCAGGCGUUAUGAAUCCUGCAGAUCUCCCUUCCAGGGGCUGCAACCCUGCCCAACUUCUCAAGUCUCGAUGGUGGGAGGGACCAACUUGGUUACGAGGAUCAUCUGAAACCUGGCCAUCAGGACAAGCAGAGGUGAAUGAAGAUGAAGUAUUAAAAGAAAAGAAGAAAAAUAUGACAACAGUCAAACUCGUCUCGACAUCUCAAGAGGCUCCGUGGUAUUUGAGAAGAUACUCGUCUUAUUACAUGAAUGUGCGACUUGUGGCCUUGUGGACGAGAAUUGUCAAGCUCUUUGCCAAACAGAAUAGCGAAACUGGAGUGCUCAAACGGUGGGAGCUGAUCCAGGCUGAAAAGACCAUGUUUAGAUUUGUGCAAUCGGAAACCUUGCAAGCGAGAGACAGUAUGAUUGGCGGACUACGUGUUGAAAUUAAAGAUGGACUGAUUUGUGUGAAAACCAAGUUGCAAAACCGUCAGGAUUCAGUUGGCUUCAGAUAUCCGGUGUUAUUGCCGAGUUCAUAUCCAUUGGUGGAGCAACUAAUUAGAGAAGAGCACAUCCUGAAUCAACAUGCAGGGGUGCAAUUUUUGAUGGGAAGAAUAAGGGAAAAGUGCUGGAUUUUACAGGGAAGACGUGCCAUCAAAAAGGUGGUGUCAGCAUGUGUAACCUGUCGUCGUUUCACAACCAAGAAACCCUGUGUACCUCCCGCAUCUUUGCCAGAAGACCGUGUCAAGACAGCUCAAGCGUUUCAAAUUACGGGAGUGGAUCUGGCUGGACCUAUGAUUUUGAGAAACCAGACCAAAUGCUGGAUGGUAUUGUUCACAUGUGCUGUCUAUCGAUGUGUACAUUUGGAACUCGUCACUUCGCUUAGCACCGAAGACUUCCUGAUGGCAUUGUGGCGAUUCAUCAGCAGACGGGGGCGACCAACAAAGAUUUACAGUGACAACGGCACCAACUUUGUGGGCGCCGACAAUUUGUUCAGGAGUUUAAACUGGGAGAAGAUUGAAAAUCAGACUCAAGUGCACAGAAUCCAGUGGCAAUUCAAUCCCCCUAGUGCAGCUUGGUGGGGUGGCUGGUGGGAGCGGCUGAUUAGGAGCAUCAAAGACUUGUUGAAAAGAGUUCUCAAAAAUCGCAAGUUAACUCAGGAUCAACUUCACACUUCCCUGUGUCAAAUCGAAGCCGUGAUUAACGACCGGCCACUUACCUAUGUAACUGAGGAUCAAGAAGACCUGAUUCCUCUCACCCCUUCUAUGUUUCUACGAGAGAUUCAAGACGUAGAGUGCCCAGAAGUUGAAGAGUUGAGCGGUCAUCAACUUAGCGAAGACAAUAAAGCAAAGAAGAGUCUGAGGGAAGAGUUUCGUGUCCGUUUUCGAAAAGAAUACCUCAGUCAAUUGGUACAGCGAGGAAAACAGGAGAAAGUCCAUCCAUUCCAAGUUGGUGACUUGGUCCUCAUAGGCGACGACAACAAGAAAAGACUCAUGUGGGAUAUGGGACGAGUCAUCGAGCUGAUGGUGGGGCGUGAUGGAGAAAGUCGGGUGGCCAAAGUGAAGACCAUGCAUGGACAUCUUAUCCGACCACUGCAGCGAUUAUUCCCAUUGGAAAUCUCCAAUCCAAUCGAAGUUCCAGUGGUGACUCAAGAAGUAGAGAAAAUUACGCCUGUUACGAAGAUUCAGAAGAACGAGCAAGCCGGAGCUUUCAAGAAGUCGGUGAAAGUUAACGUGCCGAUUAAGACGUCACGCUUUGGACGACUACUGAACGAGCCGUCCAGAUUUAGUGCUUCAAAGUGA